UUAUAUGUAUAUGUGAAUUAAAAUUCACAAUAAAGUAACUUUUAACAGAGAUAUACAGUUGCACCAUAGGUGUACACAAUACGUAGUUAACUGAUGCAUACAAAUAUAUAUACCGAAAUGAAUGUUAAAAGUAUAUUAUUACAAUACAUUGUAAAAUAACCACGCCGUAACAAAAACCCUUAGAAUAAACGCGGAUUCUUACGUUAUAAAAUGUUACCCUUUCGUUCAAAUCGAUUGAAAAGAUCCUUGGACACGCGCGCUAGCAUUUAACAAAAAAAAGGCACACCGAACGGUACCUACCCACUUAUUACACACGUACUGCCAUUUCCGUAGGGAACAUCUAACGAUAAGCAUAAACGCAUACCGACCGAUUAAAAUAAAAUACAAAUAAUAAAACCGACCGUCGAGGUUAGGUACAGUCGGCGCGACAUGUCUGUUCGCGGGAAAAACGCCUUUGCACGUCCAUCCGGUUACCCGAGUAGAUACCGCGGUAGGCCAUUGGCGCGUUUUGGCACCAAAACACUUCGUCGUCUCGUCGGCACGAAGAGGAACGCGUAGAACUUCGCAGCGCCCGCAGGAUUCGGCCAACUUUCGUAGUGAACGGGUGGCGGAAUAUAACGAUAGAAAUAUUCCGUUGGUUAACCUAUGCGUUGCAAAAUGUAUUUCGAUAUUCAGAACCGGCAUCGGUUUUAAUUUUGUUCUCGUGCCGACGUGUUUACGAGUGGCCCGCGUUCCCGCCAUCCCCCGCGCACAGGUAGGCGCUGCGGGUCGCCGGUGAAAACGCGAAACUACGUCGCAGUAGACGAGCGCGCGACAAGUGUGGCAACCGGUUAGGAGGACCGGUCAGGGGGUCGCGGCGGUCGGACGUUCAAAUUCCUUCAGAUUUUAUCUGCACGCGUACAACGUUGCGCUGAGCGCCGCGUCCCGCCCGACACGCAGAUAAAGUAAACAUCGCAUUGUAACAGGAUUGCAGCGUUGAUCGUAGUACGGCCCAACACGUUCUUUUACUUCGAACGGUAAACGAUAACGGUGAUAUUCGGGCGGAAUGAUUGCGCGCACAUUGCGCUAAUCCGAUAAUCUCGACGGGUCCCCGGACGGGCCGCGCGCGAGGAAACUCGCCGUUAUCGCGCGCCGCGGACAGAUUACCUUUCGCCGCCCCGGAGGCCGGGGCCGCCACGGGCGCGCAACAGAUAACCGUUAUCGGGUCUCGCGUUAUCCGUGUAGACCUUGCCCGCACGCCGCCACGAUUAUCGCGUGCGCGCCAGUACCCGCGGCUCGCACGGGCCGACGGCCGAACAUCACUUUCGUUCACUUCGGUCUGCUCGUCCCGCUGGUGCGUCCGUCCCAUCGUUCGCGUGUCGCUUCCCGACGACGUUUCCGCCCAAUCCGGUCCGUAUCACCGCCCCAACGUCGUCAACGGACCCAUCCGAAGGGUAAGUGUCCCUCGCGGUCCCGUUGCUACUGCGUCCGGGUCAAGUGCCGAAGAGAACCGACCGUAACGGAAACGCUGUUAGUCACUUGAAACUGGUCGCCAAACCCCGACGACCGUGGUACACUGCUCCUCGCGAUCGCCGGACAGCAAUAGCAUGACGGACGGUACGGUCCAUGCUGGUUAAACGAGAUCAAGUUAUUUGAUAUAACAUUUAAAAAAGCAUGGACUCUAGAGAUAGUGAUGACAUGAAAGUUGAACCUUCUAGUCCAAUACGAAAUGCUAACCCAUUUAGCCGAUCUAGUAGCGGAAGUUCUCUUCAUGCAGGAAAUCAUAGUAGUAGUAGUGGCCAUGAAGAUGAUGAUAGUGAAGAAAAGGGUUCACCAAACAAUUAUAAAGAAAGAAGGCGAGAAGCGCACACUCAAGCUGAACAAAAACGUCGAGAUGCCAUUAAAAAAGGUUAUGAUUGUCUUCAAGAUUUAGUCCCAACUUGUCAACAAACUGAUAGUAGUGGUUAUAAAUUAAGCAAAGCAACAGUAUUACAAAAAUCCAUAGAUUAUAUACAGUAUUUACUGUUGCAAAAGAAAAAAUUAGAGGAAGAACGUAAUGCUUUGCGAAAAGAAGUUGUUGCAUUACAAAUUAUGCAAACUAAUUAUGAACAAAUGGUAAAAGCUCAACAAAUUCCAAUGGGUCAUGUUGAAGCUAGAAUACCAGAUGAAGAAAAAUUUAAAAUGUUUCAAAAAAUUAUUGACGAAUUAUUUUUUACAUUUUGUAAUAUAAAUGUUAAUAAUUUUACUGAACUGUCUGCUUGUGUGUUCAGUUGGCUUGAAGAACACUGUAAACCUCAGACAUUACAAAAUUUAAUUGAAACAGUUCUUGAAAAAAAAUCAAAAAAUCAUACACCUACCUCGUCAGCAAAACCGUCUCCAUAGUUAAAUAAUUUUCACCAAGUAUCCGAUUGUUAAUGUAAAGUUAUAUUGCAUGUUAUAUUUUUAUAAAUAAAAUGUUUUGUUAUUAUGUUUUAU